AUGAGCCGUUACACCAAACAUUACGAGUACUCCCUGAGUGACCUGCGCAGUUCGUUUCGAGAAGGUGAUCUCAAUGAGCUUCAGACUUGGCGACGUCGAGUUUUUCAGUCUUUGACCAAAUUAUCAGUCAUACAGUCGUAUGUGGAGUAUUGGAACGCCAAAGAAUCGGAUCCUGUUCCGGGCGCAUGGCUGCUCAAAGACGUUGCAGCCAUCUCGCAUGCUAUCAAGGAACACGUAUCGGGGAGGGAAGACGUCGAACGGAAGUGCAGGAACGGCUUGAAACAGCUGAAAGCGCUUGACGAAUGCGUCCUUUCGGUUGAUACGUACGAUGAACUUUAUAAGUUCUAUAGGACAGGCUGCUCCAGCGGGGUCAUGGGAGAUAAAAAGGCUCUCUCCAAAGAGGCACAGAAGACCAACGAAGACUUCAAUAUCAAGCAUCGUGAGGACUGGUUCAAAGAUGUUCGAGCGUACGAAAAGGAAAUUGAUAACGACCGAGCCUUUGGUGCCUGGUGCGAGGCGAUGGACAGGCUCCGAGCACAGGAGGUAGCGAAUGAUAGCACGCAAGUUAUCGUCAAGAGGCUGGACCAGGACAUGAAAGCGGUAAACACGUCGCUCGCGUCAAAGAAUCUGUUGCUUGCGGAGACGAAGGCAGAAUUAGAGGUGGAGAAGGCUGCUCGCGAUCAGAUGCGGAAAGACUUUCGGGCAGAGAAGGAUCAGAUGCGGAGAGAUUUUCAAGCAGAGAAGGAUCAGAUGCGGGAAGACUUUCAGGCAGAGAAAGAUCAGAUGCGGGAAGACUUUCGGGCAGAGAAGGAUCAGCUGCAAGAGGCACACGCUACCGAGAAUCGUGCGCUGAGGGAGGAGUGUGAGAAGCUCAGGGGGGAGUGUGAGAAUUUCAACGGUUUGUUGAAUGAUGUUGGUACUGCAUUUGCAAAACACGGCGAGAUCGUCAAGACGGAGCCUGACAAUGAUGCAUGA